AUGGCUCCAGCAGGGAAGCGAAAGAGGAAUGAUAGAAAUUCCGUAGACCAGGGUGAGCCUCGACCUUCACCUCAUCGACCGGGAAAUACUUCUUUAGGUCAGCAGGAAAGAGAAUUUGGUAUGCGCGAGGGCGGUAACAGAAGGAGCAGCAGAGGAGGUCAAGGUAAUCAAGGCGGAGGUAGAGGACGUAGAAAUGAUGGUCGCAGUUCGAAUAAUUCAAAUAAUUCAAACACUUCAAGCAAUGCGAGCAACCCUAGUAACCUCUCGAUAGCUACCAGAGCCACCCCAACACCAGGACCAAUGUCUCCACCUCCCAGACCUUCGAGCGCUUCUCACACGACUCCAGCGCAAACUCCAACCCCAAUGAACACGAACGAUAUGAUCAGUCCUAGUUGGAACCCAGACCCUGCUCCGUUCGAUUACGUUUUCCUUACCGACGAUCAAAUGUCUUCAUGGACAUCAAAUGGCCGACAAGAAGUGGUAGAAAAGGGCAUCCAAACUCGUCAGGAUGAAGAUACAAUGGAUUUGGCAACUGUGUUUCAAGAAUUCAUUCGCGCUACCCUCGAUGGUCGCAUUGAUGGCGCUGAUGCGGGCAAUUGCAUCAAAGAAAUAUUGGGACCAGACACAUCGCCGGUAGACAACGUCCCAGGCACCCUGGAACCGCAAGCUUUGUUCCUUGACUCUCUGUCCAUGAUGUUUGAACUAGAAGAUCUCAAAACACCCAAUAGUGCACUUCGCACAUUCGUUUCUCCACAGGCAUAUCCGCCAUGGUAA